CGCAUAUGUCACAUGAAUCGGUACCGAAUGUUUCUUCAUCACUUCUGAUUUUUGGAUAAGAUCAAAAAUUUGAUAGUUUCGAUGGCAUCGAAUUAGAUCCCACUCCUCUUCAGUCACCAGAUCAUGAGUAUGAUCGCGUAGCCUGUGAUUAGCCUUGAUGCUAAAUUUUACGCUUAUCUUUAAAGUGAUUUCACUCGAGAUAAGCCUAAAUUGGACUAUGAUUUCUUCAUAGGUGGCCUCACACCUGUGAUAUACAUGUGGGUGGGUAAAUCAUGGCCACGUGCACAUGUGUUCUGCGAUGAACAGAGUGUUAUCUAUACGUGAUGGCUUUUGUGAUCAGCAUGACGCGCAUCUCAAAAUUUGCCGUUCAAUCAUGGAAGUUUUUGAUAGCACAUGAUAAGCGGCGCAGUGCGAAGGGCGGCUCAUUUAUCUUCUGCGUUUCAUUACUACAUUCUGAGAUCGUCUUCUCUGCGGCGAAAAGGUAGACACGGAAGUCUUUACCACAUGGUGUUCAAUACUUCAUACUACACUGCCACUGUCGAUGACUCUUCACGCCUGAUCGACCUAAGAUCAGAUACGGUGACUUUACCUUCGGAGGAAAUGAGACAGGCCAUGGCUAAUGCUGUACUUGGUGAUGAUGUGUAUGGAGAAGACAAGACCAUCAAUAGCUUGGAAGAGAGAUGUGCUCGGCUAUUUGAUAAAGAAGCUGCUCUAUUUGUUGUGAGUGGGACUAUGGGCAAUCUCCUAGCUAUCAUGACUCACUGUCAACGCGGAGAUGAGAUCAUUGUUGGUAAAACCAAUCACAUUCAUCGUUGGGAGCAAGGCAACUACGCUCAGAUCGCAGGAGUUAGUGCUACAACUUUGCCGGUAAAUGCGGAUGGUACAAUGAACCUCGAUGAGAUCGAAGAAGCUAUCCGCGUCGACGAUUGUCACAUGCCACGUACCAGUCUCAUUUGUUUAGAAAACACCCACAACUAUGCUGGCGGUCUUGUUUUGCCUUUGGACUACAUGAGAGCUGUACGUGAAUUGGCAACUAGACGAAAUGUUCGAGUGCAUAUUGACGGUGCACGUAUCUACAAUGCUGCAGUUGCGUUGGGAGUGAAGGUUUCGAACAUUGCUCAGUAUGGAGAUUCUAUAAUGAUGUGUUUUUCAAAAGGUCUUGGAGCGCCCGUAGGAUCUGUGCUUGUUGGAUCAAAAAAAUUUAUUGAACUUGCUAGAAGAAGGCGUAAGGCUUUGGGUGGUGGUUGGAGACAGGCAGGUGUUUUGGCAGCCGCCGCUCAUAUUGCCUUGGAUAGAGCGGAAGAAACUGUCAAGCAAGACCACCUCAAUGCUUGCAAACUUGCUCGCGGAUUCAACGAAAUGACUCCUGAGAGUCUGAAGGAUGAUCUUCAAGUAGUUGAAAGUGGGAUUACUAACAUGAUUUUGUUGAAAUGCAGCAAGAAAAUCCCUCCGGUUGAAGUCAAGAACUUUUUCCAUUCACAUGGCGUGCUGGUUAUGCCUUUUGAUGAUACACGAGUUCGCAUCGUAACGAAUUGGGGCAUCAAAGCUGAUGAUGUAGAGAAGGUGCUGAGCGUCUACAAAGCCUUUGUUGAAUCUCUAUCUAGUUGAUGUGUAUUUUUCCAUUGAAUCUGACUGUUAUAGAUCACACUUUGAUAAAGUUUCU